UAUUAUACUUCAUGACUGAUGUACUUUGAUCCAGUAAACAACUUAAAUAUACACCUAUUACAUUUUGUUCUGUUUACUGCGUUGAAAAAUAACAAGUCAGGAGUUGUUUAGCUCAUCCAUCAUCAAUGCUUUUGUGAAAUUCAACUGCCCUGGUACUUUUGUAAAGCUCGCAAAUAUUUUUUGCAACCCACUAACAAAUCUAUUGCGUACUUAUUGUGCAGAUCAAAAUAUUCAAAUAUUUUACGCACAAUUUUUGUAUAGUUUUACAUCAAACAAAUCUUAGCAUUAUGUAGAAUAUUGUAAUUAUUAGUAUAUUUAAAAUGUUCAGAGAAAAAGAAAGUUUGUUACAUGACCGGGAUGAGAGAUCCCGAUUAAUCCAAGACCCCAUAAUUUGGACAGGAAGCCAUGAGUCCAUGGAUCAGUACCGCUUCGGGAGGGCCAAGAAGAAGAAGAGAUUCCAGUGGGUGAUCUUUUGCGGUGUGACGGUGUUCUCAUUAUUUUUAUUCAUUGUUCUCACUACAACGAUUAUGAGACUGACGGAUAGUGAAACACCGGUGGGAACAGCACCCACUACAGCGCAUUCACCUCUCACCACACAAUCCAGUAUGCCUCCCCCGUCUACCCUUAUAGAUAUGUUACUGAAUGUGACAUCUACGCGUUCUAAACCUUCGACGCCAUUGUCGACAAGUUUGCUAUUUUCAACAGAGGCGGACCACAUCAACCAAAUUACGUAAAGGUUCGCUUAAGAUAUUUAAUGGAUACUAGUCAGAAAAACUAACUAUAUACAAUGUGUUUCUGUGAUUAGUAUGUAAAAAUUCGAAUUAAUUAUAUGCCAAAUUGGCUCAAUGAUAAGUAUCUGAUUUAUGUAUUGACUGCUAUUUAUAAAAAAUUGAUGCAAGUCUUGUGUAUAAUUAUACAUAUACCUUUUAUCAUAAUUAACAGAAAUAAAUACGCAUCGAAAUGGUGUAUGCAAUAAAAUA